UGUACCAAUGAACUUGGAGCUCCAGUUGGCCAUGGAAGACGGUGAGGAGAUUGUUUUUCUGGAUGAAGUGGUGGAGUGCGAAGGUUUGAUAGAGGAGGAGACGCGACCGGAAACUCCAAAAACUCCUACACUCAGAACCCCGCGCAGAGGAUUGAAGAGAAAGAGAGAGGAGGAGCAGAUCGACGUCCAAAAUAAAUUUUUGGAAAUUGCCAAAACGCAAGCCGAUGCAACGAAAAUGCUGUCAGAAAGUUUCGCCAGACUGGUGGACCUACCAUUCCAGCUGGCGGGGGAACUCCGCGGAUACGGAGAGGGGUUGAAAGCCUGUGCUGAUGCCAUAAACAAUUUGGCCAGGGCACUCGGUCCACAAUAAUUUUUUUGAAAAAAAUUAGGUUAAGAAAAACUAAAAGUAGAUUAAGAAUUAGGUUAUGAAAGUGAAUUGG